CUCCGCUCGCUCGUCCCGGACUGACGCCGUCACCGUGACGUCAUCGCGCUCUGCCCGCUUCCAAGAUGGCGGCGGCGGGCGGGCUGCGGCGCGCGGGCUGGCGGCUGUGGCGGGCACGGCGCGCGGUGGUCAGGUGCCAGCAGUACCCACCACUCCGCACUCUCCAGGCCUCAGCCGCGCUCAGGGCAGCCUCCGAUGAGCACAAGAAGGAGCCAUGGGCAUCCUCCUCCCAGCAACACUUUGAGUCACCUCCAGCUGGGCACCAGCCUGAAGAGAAGCCUCAGGGCCCUCACCCCAGUUACACUGGCCAGGGCGGCCAGGAGUCUGAGGACUAUGAGAGCGAGGAGCAGCUGCAGCAUCGAAUCCUCACAGCGGCGCUGGAGUUUGUGCCUGAGCAUGGCUGGACUGCAGAGGCCAUUGCAGAGGGAGCCAAGACCCUGGGCCUCUCUGUUGCUGCAGCAGGGCUGUUUCACAGCGAUGGCAGUGAACUGAUCCUGCACUUUGUGUCUGACUGCAACACCAAAUUGACCGAGCUGCUGAAGAAGGAGCAGAAACUAGUGCAGCUGGGUGAAGCAGAGAAGAAGCCUAUAGAUGAAUUCCUGAGAGAUGCUGUGGAAGCCAGACUGAGGAUGCUGAUUCCAUAUAUUGAGAAAUGGCCCCAGGCCCUGAGUGUCCUGCUGCUCCCACGUAACAUCCCUUCCAGCCUCAGCCUCCUCACCAGCAUGAUUGAUGAUAUCUGGCACUAUGCUGGGGACCAGUCCACAGAUUUUAACUGGUACACCCGGCGGGCAGUGCUCACUGCCAUCUACAACACCACGGAGCUGGUCAUGAUGCAGGACUCGUCCCCCGGCUUCGAGGACACCUGGCGCUUCCUGGAGAACAGAGUGGCUGAUGCCAUGGCCAUGAGCAAUACAGCCACUCAGGUACAGUCCACUGGAGAAGCUGUUGUCCAGGGCCUGAUGGGAGCUGCAGUUACUAUCAAGAACCUGGCGGGGCUGAACCAGCGCCGGUGAGGAGACGGCGGCGGCGAGCACCGGAGCGGCCGCGCCCGGCCCUUCCCCGGCACCAAUAAAGUCGUACUCAGCCUG